UAAACACUGAUGAGUUUAAUGUGGCAGUUUACAGACUUGUCACAGAGUAUAGUCAUUCCUGGAGCGCGUCUCCGCCUCCGAUCACUUCCAGCUGUUGCUCGGUGAAAGGGAAGCUGGGGGCGUGAUGGAUGUUGCGCGCUCCCCUCCACUGCGCACUCUGGUAACCUUUGGCACAGGAUCAGGUCCAUACAGUAAACGCUACAGUCAACUUUGCAGCCUCUCUACCUCUCCGGACUCCUCAUGGCGCUUCAAGCGAAAGCCCUGGUCACCUCGAAGUGGCUCAGUCAGGCUGUGCAGGUUCAGGGGAAAAUGCGCAUUUUGGACACUUCUUGGUAUUUGCCCAAACUGCGGCGAAACGCAAAGAGCGAGUUCAAGCAGAAGCACAUACCAGGCGCGGCUUUCUUUGACAUAGACCAGUGCUGUGAUAAAACCUCUCCUCUGGACCACAUGCUGCCAACAGAGAAGAUUUUCGCAGAUUACGUCGGGAAUUUGGGAAUAGACGGCGAGACGCACGUCGUGGUGUACGACGGCAGCGAGUUCGGCGCGUUCUCGGCGCCCAGAGUGUGGUGGAUGUUCCGGGUGUUUGGCCACAGAUCGGUGUCUUUGCUCAACGGUGGGCUCAGGAACUGGGAGCUGGAGGGUCGACCGGUGACCGACCAGUAUGUCAGACCCACAUCGAUCGAGUUCAAGGCCUCUCUGAACCGCUCCUGGAUAAAGAACUACGAGGACAUCCUGGAUAACCUGGACACCAAGAAGUUCCAGGUGGUGGAUGCCAGACCCACAGGCAGGUUCAGAGGACUGGACCCUGAGCCCAGAGACAACACAGAACCAGGCCACAUCCCCAGCUCCAUCAGCGUCCCCUUCCACUCCUUCUUGUCCUCCUCAGGUCACUUCUUGCCCAAGGAUCAGCUCCGGGCGCUCUUCACCCGGGCCGGUGUGGACCUCAGCCUUCCCAUCUGCGUCUUGUGUGGUUCCGCUGUGACGGCGUGCCACGUGACGCUGGCGGCCCACGAGUGUGGUCACCCAGGAGUGUCGGUGUACGACGGAGGGUGGUCGGAGUGGUACACCCGCGCUGUGCCCGAACACGUCAUAUCUGAAGGCAGAGGGAAACAUUUGUAACUGGAUCGAGCUGGGGCUGGAUCACGACAAACUCUUUAGUUGUUGUCGUUGGGGAAAGUACGCUGAAGUUUGAAGGAGUCGUUUGCCAUUUUGGAACUUGUGUCUUCAUGCUGUGAGGCUACAGGCAGCAAGGGGUUGGCUUGGCUUAACAUAAAGACUGGAAACAGGAGGACAUGGAGAGUCUGUCUCGGUCAAAAGUUUUUAAAAAAAUAGGCCUAUCAGCAACAGAAUUGUUAAACGAGUCCGUGAAGUGCUUCCAGUCUUUGUGCUAAGCUAAGCUAACUGUCUGCUAGAUGUGGGUUCAUAUUUAGCACAAACAAUGUCAACUGUUCCUUUAACAUUAAUAUAUUGAUACAUUAAGGACACUAAACUGGACUCAUUUAAUCAGUCUUGGAGCUGGAGAAGGUUUGUCUGAAGCUAAUGUUGGAAUAAAACAAAGCCACACUCAGAAUCACA